UCUAUUAAUUCACCCCCUCAGCCUCCAAGAUUUCACCCUCACAAGCAGAACCCACCCGCUAUCCUAUCAUGGCUCCUCACGCCGCUGUCCUCCUCUCCCUCCUCCUGCUCACCACCUGCGCGGCGGACACGCACCUCCACUUCUUCCUCCACGACGUGGUCUCCGGCAGCAACCCGACGGCGGUGCAGGUCAUCAAGGGUCCUGCCUCGUCGUCCAACGCCCUCCCGGGCGUGGCCUUCGGCGACACGACCGUCAUCGACGACGCGCUGACGGAGUCCUCGUCGCCGACGUCGGCGCCCGUGGGGCGCGCGCAGGGGUUCUACAUGAUGUCGUCGCAGUCGGGCAUGGUGCUGAUGAUGUGCGUGAACCUGCUGCUCACCACGGGGGACUACAACGGCAGCACGCUGGCCGUCAUCGGCCGCGACGACGUCAUGACCACCACGCGGGAGCUCUCCGUGGUGGGCGGCACGGGGAAGUUCCGGAUGGCGACGGGGUACGUGGUGUGGAAGACCAACAGCUCGAGCGGCGCCGACGCCACCAUCGAGCUUGACGUCUACACCACCGGCCUCAACGGCACCACCAUCGACGCCAACGCGCCCGUCUCCCCCAUCGACGGGGGCGGCGCCGGUGCGGCCGGCGGCGCCACCGGCAAGUCGUCCUCGGGCGCGGCGGCGCUGAGAGGAGCAGUGCCGUACGGGUGGGCCAACGCGUGGGUGGCCGCCGUCCUUGUAGCUCUGGCUGGUUGCGUUUGGUGAGCAGCUCGAUUCGAUCCACCAUGAAUCUGAGUGAGUGGGAGCGGGGUCCAUCCAUACAACGGAAUAGAUCUUGAUUAGGCGUGAGGAGUUGGUCGGUGUAGUGGUGUCUUGUGUGGUUGGUGAUGAUGGGGUGGGUGCUUUCUUGUCGCUGUUCGGGUUGGGUUUGGUGAUGUACACAUGACUACACAUCUUCCAUGCGUGCGGGAGCGUGAGAGAUUACUUUCCGGCUACUACAUCCAUUUGAUUAUUACCUAGAAGAACCGAUUCUCACAUUUUUAUAUAUGGUGUUUUUAGGGCAUAUAUAAUGGUGGCAUAUGGAUACAUAUGCUUCAUGACAAAAAGUAA